AUUAAGAUUUGUUUUUGUUAAAUGAAUUGGCUUUUAAUAUUUUAUUUCUUGUUGCUUUUUUAUUUUGAAGCAAAGAUGGAGGCUAAAAAGGACUUGAAGGGUAAAAACAAAUCCAUUUCGCCCACUGCAAUGUGCACGAGCGCCAACAAGGUGCUCCGUGUAAAACGCAUUCUGGGCCGUCGCUUUGGCAAGAGGUGCAUUCGUGUAUUGGUCAAGUGGCAGUCAUAUCCAGUUCAGGAAAACACAUGGGAGCCCAUUUUGAAUAUGGGCAACUGUAUACAACUCGUGGCCGAUAUGGAAGCCCGUCUAUUUGCCAAACAUCGAUGCUUAGUUGACGCUGCAUAGACUACCAUAACAUGUGAUUUUAUUUCCCGUAACAAAUACAAAAUGUUUACAAUCUA